UCCACUUAAAAAAUACAGUGUAAGGGGUGAAUAUAGCUACCAGUCAAAGUCUCACGGUCAGAACAUUGCAAAGAAAACUUUCUUUUGGGAUGUUCUGACAGGCGUGUGAUUCAAAACAAAUAUUGGGCUUCCUGUGGUGUCCAGAUAUUGAAUCUUCGUCCAGGGUCUGUAGAGGUGGUCUUAACCAAACCUCUUGAAUCGAAGCUGUACGAACCAAAUCACUGCAUUUUAACCAAUAAUUUCAAAGUCUUUUAAGCCAGUUUUUAAUGUAAUUCUUAGAUUUUAAAAAUUCGUAUUUAACAACAUGUUGAAUGGUUCUAUAUUCAACUUCAAAACAGUGCUGCUUGUUAUUGUUUUGAUUUCUUUGCGAGAGACACUUCGUUUGCUUCCCAAGGAUGAUUUAAUCGAAACUAAAAGGCUCAGUUCUUCUUGUUGGCGAUCUAGAGGGAUUCUUCAUCAGCUUAAUGACACAGAAUACUUGACAUCCAAGCCGAAGUCUAAUGCUACCGAGUGCUCUCAUGUGAUCUCCACGUACAACAGCUCAUUGAUAUGCCACUAUGUCAAAACAACACCAGACUGUCAACUAGAUGAAGGAUUUUUUCAGUAUCUUUAUCUCCCUUACUGUAUAUUGCCUCGUAACUUUGCAUUUUUUAUUUUGGCCAUUUGGUUAAUAUAUUUAUUCAUUGUUCUUGGCGUCACUGCAGAUGAUUAUUUUUGUCCAUCACUUGCUGUUAUCGCUAAAACUUUGAAGAUGAGCCAAAAUGUGGCUGGUGUUACAUUCUUGGCUUAUGGUAACGGAGCUCCAGACAUUUUUAGUGCGAUUGCUGCCUUUACCCACUCAGAUAAAGAAAAUAGUGCUGCAGAACUUGGAAUACAGGCACUCUUUGGUGCUGGCGUAUUUGUGACAACUGUCGUGGUGGGCUGUAUUUCUCUGUGUACUCCCAAUGGUUUUGCGGUCACAAAUCGGCCAUUCACCAGGGAUGUUUUGUUCUACAUUGCUGCUGUUGGAUGGAUGGUGAUUGCCUUACACAACCAACGACUCAGCAUGCUUGAAUCUAUAGGUUUGAUUAUUCUGUAUGUCGUUUACGUGAUAGUGGUGAUAGUGGGUCGUUACCUGUACCAGUACUGGAAGAGAAAGAAAAGACCAGAGAGAGCCAAUAAUGUCAAUGAGGAUGUCGAAGCAGUUAGAGUUAUUUCAUCUGUUUUGGGAACCUCAAGUUCUUCAAUACCAGACUCCUAUCAACAAGAUGAGAAAACGCCAUUAAUAAGACCAAUACACACUCUUCACCACAACUUGCCGCCAGGAAGGAAGCUAUUACAUGGCAUACUACCCUUUACUUGCUCUGACUGGGAGCAAAGUGGCUUUUUUGGUAAAAUAUUCAUGGUGUUUAAGGCACCAGUGGUAUUUCUAUUGAACAUAACAGUGCCUACUAUAGAUUACGCUGAACCAGACCACAAAUGGCUUAAUGUCAUCCAUUGCAUAACAGGACCGGUAUUUGUUGUCAUGGCAAUAAAAGUUGGUACAAAGACAUUGGCCAGUCAUUUUCCAGUAUGGGCAUUAACAUUAUCCAUAGCAGUCUUGCUUGCACUUGCUGUUGCUAUACUGACGUCAAAUAACCAACCACCAAGGUUUCAUUGGGUGUUUGCAUACUUGGCUUUUAUCGUAGCUGUUAUCUGGAUUUAUGUCAGUGCCAAUGAAAUAGUUAAUUUACUCCAGACCUUUGGUGUAGUUUUCCUUGAUGCUAUUCUUGGAUUAACAUUUCUGGCUUGGGGUAACAGCAUUGGAGAUCUGGUUUCCAAUACAGCAAUGGCUAGACAAGGAUAUCCAAAUAUGGCAGCGUCUGCAUGCUUUGGGGGACCAAUGCUUAAUCUCCUCUUGGGUAUUGGACUCGCUUGUACUAUAGUCUCAGCUCGACAGGGUCACAGUGUUGUGCUCCCUCAUCGCUACCACCAGUAUAUCAUCUCAUCAGGUUUUCUCAUGUUAAGCCUGGCCUCCUCAGCUAUCGUUAUUCCUCUGAUGGGAUUCAGAAUCACCAGAUCGUAUGGUAUUUAUCUUCUGGUCCUCUACUUGUCGUAUCUAACAUUCUCAAUCAUAUCAGAGGUCAAACACAUUUGAACAGUUGGGAAGCAUUCUACCAGCAACAUGAAUGAAACUAAAAAAAAUUUCUUAUUUAAAUAUAAGGGCUACUUUAAGAAACAAAAAAUUAAGCACCUCGAAGAUUAAUUCUUAAAAAUUCUUAAAUAAUUAAAAAAAAAUGUUAAUGCAAUACUUUCACAUCCACAACUACGUCUACCAUAUGGUACAGAAACUAUUCUAGUUCUGUAAAUAGAUAAAGGGAUAUUGGGGAUAUACAUGAAAACUAACAAUGAUUCUUAUUUAAAAUGGUAUAAUAAUUCUAAGAAAAAAACGAAAAUCAGCAAUAGAAGUAUCAUAAGAGUUUGUAAAAACAUGUACCGGUAUAUGAAAAUUUGUAAGGUUUUGGAGGUUAAAGAUUAGGGUUUAAAUAAUUUUUAUUUUAAAAUGUAAAAAUAAAUAUUAAUUAUUUUUAAAAAACUGGUAAUAUUUUUCAAAAUGUAAUUCUUAAAGCUCAAAAAUUAGGUAUAGUAUGAAAAAAGAAUAUAGCAUAAAUAAAGCUAUAAUAUAGUAAGAAAAAGUGUGGGGGGAAAUGAAGCUUGAAAAUUUAGUGGAUGCAGGAAAUGGGACAAGCUACAACUGAUCUCUUCAGUUCCAUGUAGGCUGCCUAGCUCAGUGGUCUGGGGCGUUGAAAAGAAGAGAGGAAAGCAUUGCUCUGCAUACUGCAGUGUUGCAAAGAAAAAAGAGGGGAAGGAUUGCUCUGCAUUCUUAAGUGUCUUCUUUGCAACAUCACAUAUAUGACUUCACAGGUUACUGUGCAUCUCUCAAAUUUUUUAAACUGUGCAUUAAGAGACUGGUCUAAAAGAACAAGCACAUUUUAUUAGCUUUAUCAUUAUUUUCUCCUCAUAACAUUAAAAGUGAAGGCCAAAUUCA